AUGCUUGCACAUGGUAACCCCCUGGGGAUCCCCGUCCGCGACCCCAACCCAGCGCCGACGAUCCCACGCCGCGGUGGUCCUCCUCAGCGUUCCCGUAUCCGAAGCGUGAAGCAGAUUGUCGUCGUCGCGUCAGGCAAGGGCGGCGUGGGGAAGAGCACAGUCGCGGCCAACCUCGCGCUUGCCCUCUCCCAAACCUCACCGCUAGGAAGAGCACCUCGCGUCGGCCUGCUUGACCUGGACAUUUUCGGGCCAAGUGUACCGAAGCUGAUGGGCCUCGAGAGUGCUGGCGAGCCGGCGCUGAGUGACCACAACAAGCUCCUGCCCUUGCAGAACCACGGCAUCUCCACCAUGAGCAUCGGGUACCUCCUUCCGCCAGGGGACACUCCUGUCGCCUGGCGUGGACUCAUGGUUCAGAAGGCGGUGCAGCAGCUGCUCUUCGACGUCGAGUGGUCGUCGGGUGAGCAGGAGCUCGACGUUCUUGUAAUCGACAUGCCUCCUGGCACAGGCGACGUGCAGCUCUCUCUCGGUCAGCUCGUCGUCGUCGAUGGUGCGGUUAUCGUCUCGACACCACAGGACGUCGCUCUCAUCGACGCGCGCAAGGGCGUGGCCAUGUUCAACAAGGUCAACGUGCCUAUCAUCGGCCUCCUUCUUAACAUGAGCCAUUUCAUCUGCGGGAGCUGCGAUGCGCCGCACCAGCUGUUCGGUAGCCCGGACAAGUUUGUGCGUGCCGCCGACGAACUCAAGUUGGAUGUCCUUGGCGAGGUCCCCCUCGUUACGACUGUGUCGGACGGAGGUGACGCCGGGCGCCCUGUCAUGGUGCAGAGUGAGAGGACGGGGGAGGCGGUGCGCGCGGUCAUGCGCAGCGUCGGGGAGAAGGUGUGGAAGUGGCUGCUAGCUCGGCCACAGGAGAACCAUGGGGUGCGGGGUUGA